AUAAGACUUUGCGAUCGUAACCUUCGCGCAACGAUCAUGUAAUUUAUACUGAUCUACGUUGCCUUCGAGCGUCCCUAUACCGGUCAUUUGUGUAAUUCUUGACUCCUUAUCUUGUAUGGUGGAGUAUGAAUCUCUUGGUCUAUUGGCGGUACAUGCAGUCCACCCCCAAAUUUCAAGCUGGGCAGCUUGAGAUGUGAUGGAUAAUGAGCUCGACGAUGAUUCUGCCGAGUUACGCCAUGGCGGGGAAGCUCCGGUACGGAGUGAGUGAUAUAAGCUAGGGGUAAUGUUACGUGUAGAUGGAAAAUGGGUAGUUUCGAAAGAAUCUACAAAUAUCGGGAGUCUCUCCGUUUGCUCCGUUCUCAAUAUUUGCCUCCAGAGUUAAUGUCAACAGAUUCCAACUACCCAAACCACCACGAUUACCUUCUUCCACGAUGUUUUUCGAUGAAUUCUUGACAGUUCUCCCUUCCGUAGGACUUCCUGCCACCAUCCUAUGUGUCUUCGGUGGGAUAUGGCUUGCAUAUAAUUUAUGCAUGAUCUUGUACAACCUGUCUCCCCUUCAUCCCCUUAGUCACAUUCCGGGGCCAUUGCUGGCGAGAGCAACGUACUUACCGGAGAUGUACUAUGAUCUUGUGAAGCAUGGCCGGUAUACAUGGGAGAUAGCGCAUAUGCAUGAGAAAUAUGGACCUAUUAUUCGCAUCAAUCCCAAUGAGGUACACUGCAAUGACAUCAAUCUCAUUGAUGAUAUCUACGCUAGUAGCCAUCGUAGACGGGAUAAAGCCGAGAUCGUAACUAGAGGUGUACCGUACGUCGAAUCCGGCUUUGCCACUACUGGUCACGAGUUGCACAAGCUACGACGUGCUCCAGUUGUUAAAUUCUUCUCCCGUGCAAUGAUAGCUCGGCUGGAAGAUGACGUUCACCGACUGGCGCAAUCCCUUUGUGACAAAUUACUGUCGAGUGUCGACGGCCCAAUCGACUCCGUCCAAGCUUACAGUUGUUUCACUUCAGAUAUCAUCUCUAUGUACUGCUUCGGUGAAUGUUUCGGUUUUCUAGAACAGAAAGACUGGACCCCUAACUUUCACAUUGCUGAGCUUGCCGUAUUGAAGCCGAUUUACUUCCUUCGGUAUUUCCCCAUGCUUACUAAACUCUACGGACUUGCAGACCACCUAGUUGACUAUCUCCCUAAGGACCUCGCUUUGUUCAUUCAGACAUUUAGAAUCGACGUGCCUAACCAUGUCCGCAACACACAACUCAAAAUUGACUCGGGCGUAACCAUGGAUCGUGCUACUAUCUUCAACACUCUACUACAAUUGCCGCCUGGACAGAAGAAUUUAUUGAACUCGAACCACGAAGCAAUGACCCUCCUCGCAGCAGGGACCGAAACCACAAGCUGGACUCUAACCGUCAUCACAUACUAUCUGCUUACCCAACCCGAAACGCUCUCAAAACUUACAAAAGAGCUGGGAGAAGCCGUCGAAGAUCCAAAACACCUACCGAAAUGGAAUGAGCUUGAGUCUCUUCCAUACUUACAGGCGGUGAUCCAAGAGGGCUUACGCCUCUCUUACGGUGUCACUGCCCGUUCGCCACGUAUCCCAACAGACGAAGAUCUGAUAUACACUGGUGAGUGGAAGGAAGAGAAGGUCCGAUACGUGAUUCCUAGGGGGUACCCCAUUGGCAUGUCAAGUGCCCUCGUCCAUCACGACGAAAGCGCAUUCCCCAACUCAUACGCGUUUAAUCCCGAACGCUGGUUGGAUCCCGAGAGCAAAAAGGUGGCAGAACGUGGCUUUAUGCCUUUCUCAAGGGGUAGUCGCAAUUGUGUAGGGAUGAACCUCGCGAUUUGCGAAUUGCAUGUAGCAUUAGCUGCGCUUACAUUACGCGUCAUCCCUCGGAUGCGUCUCUUUGAGACGACAGAAGAGGACGUACUUUAUGAUUACGACUUGUUCAUCCCGCAGACCAAGAAAGACAGCAAAGGGGUGAGAGUCACCAUCUCAUGAAUGUAUUUCUUUGAUUUUCGCCCGCUUUUCUACCGGUACGGAGACACCUAGCGGAGUUCAUUUUACCUCGUUUGUUUAUAUGGAUUAGUUGUUUGAGUAAACGAUAUGGGAUUUACAUGGUAUGAGUACUUUAGGUGCUCAGUAUGAUGAGUUACGAUUUCAUCUAUUGGAAGUCUUAUGAGAGUCUUCCUACACGUUCAUUUAAUACCUACAAAUAAAUUACUACUAAGAGUUUGUCUCCGAAGCGCAUGGGAGUUGUAUGUGACGAAUAAUUGGUACGUACCUGAAUGGCCUA